AUGAAUAUAAUCCUUGAUAGGCAGGCAAGUCUUUGUUAUUUUCCUAAUAGUUCUGAUGUUGAUCAUAUUGAUAAAGCUCAUUAAUUUGAUUAAAAAGAUUUUACAAAAGAUUUAUGCAAUUUAACUAAUUUUGGUUACUUUAUCCCAAAAACUGAUUAUACAUCCACAUUAGUAACUGAAGUAAAUAAUUAAUUUUUUGUUCUGUGAAACAAUAGUGUAAUCGAUAUUUCUAUUUAGUAUUUUGUAUAACUUAAAUCAUACAAUUAUGCUGAUUAAAAUUUUACUGAGUGCUUGAAAUCAACNGUUACAAAUGAAUCAAUAUAAAUCUUUGAAUUAUAUAUAGAGGAAAAUUCUUAUAAGACUUUGAUAGAUACUAAUAUUUCUAUUUAGGAUCAGUAAUUAUAAGUUGCUUAUAUCCUAAAAGACCACAAUUUAAUAAUCGGAGUUAGUGAUGAUUAUACAAUCUAGCUUCAUAUAUAGUCUAGUUAUGACAAAUCCCUUUACUUCUCCUCAGAGUUUAGGUUUGAAUAAUAAUUUUAAUAAUUUUUAAUUACAUUUAAUAAUUUGAUAACUUUGAUUAUAAAUCCAGAAUUUAAAUCAUGA